AAGCUCGAAAAAGUGAUCGGGGUCCUUUUUGGACGCUAUUUGGAGAACGAGUUUUCCCAGUGACGUGACGCACCAGUCUGAUUAUGCCCUGCUGUUUCAUCCUUGGUAUGCCACGCGAGACACCCUCUUUUUACCCUAGCCACAAACCAACAACACACUUUAGAAUCGUGCCCAGUGCCGCAAUUCUUCCUCGAAGAGCAGAAAUACUGAGGGGAGUUCCUGUUCUUUUCCGACAGAUAUUCUGGGGGAAACGAAGUCGAUUGACCUUCCGUAGCCUGGUUCCGAUCUUCCGCGAACUGCUUUUGCGUGUCAUGUAGCGUUGAACAUGGCACCUCUGACUCAGCCGUUCGCUCUUGGCUACUCUUUGUGGCGGCGGUCCGAGUUCCACAAGGUUGCGUCCGCUUCAGAUAUGUCUUUUCCCGGCGUCUGUGUGGGUUCCUUUUCUUUACGAACGCGAUGGCAUAAGUCUCUGCAUGGAGCAGGCACUUCAGCUCGUGCCAAAAACGCAGGUUUUGUUUCGCGACUCGUCGACACCAAAUCCAGGGCGGUGGGUUUUCCAGGCUUUCGCUCGUCUCAGAACGCCUGCUUUGACUCCACUUGGUCUUCCACGAGACGGCCGAAUUCUGCGCACUACCACCUGCUGCCCGGGCUGCUCUCCGGCGAUCUGGCUUUUCAUUUCCAGGGAACGCGAGAAGCUCUCUCGUCUUCUCCGCGUCAUCCGAGAACUGAAACGUUUCCCCAGGUUGCCAAUUCCGUGAGAUUUUCUUUCAAACCUCGGUCCGUUCCGCCCCUUGCGCUUCCGCAGUUCUGGCGGCACUUCGCUUCCACGCCGACUGCGCUGAGUUCCCCAGGUGUAUGUAUUCCCGGUGCACCCGAGGGAGAAACGCAACUGGAAGGCAGCGGCGCCGAGAACGGAGCAGAAAAAAGCACGUGGCAACGGCCUGUUCGGCCAAUCCGGAAGUUGCUGGUGGCGAAUCGCGGAGAAAUUGCCGUGCGUGUUCACCGUGCAUGCAAGGAACUCGGAAUCACCAGCGUCGGCAUUUACUCCCAGGAAGAUUCCCAAGCUCUCCACCGUCAAGUCUUCGACGAGAGCUACCUCGUCGGUCGCGGACUCUCUCCAGUAGCCGCGUACCUCCACUAUCCGGACAUCAUCGAUGUCGCGCUGAGACACAACGUCGACGCCAUUCACCCCGGCUAUGGCUUCCUGUCGGAGAACGCAGAGUUCGCGGCGGCUGUGGAGAACGCAGGACUCAUGUUGGUAGGCCCCCCUCCAGAAGUGAUUCGACUGAUGGGGGACAAAGUGGAGGCGAGGUCGAUAGCCGAGAGAGCGAACGUGCAGGCAGUGCCGGGGACGAACGAGCCGGUGACCGACUUUGAAGAAGCCGCCGCAUUCUGUCGACAAAUCGGAUUCCCCGUCAUGCUCAAGGCGGCCUACGGCGGCGGCGGCCGAGGCAUGCGGAGAGUCUUCCGCGAGGAAGAGCUGAAGGAGGCGUUCGAGCGCGCGACCAGCGAAGCGCAGGCGGCGUUUGGAAACGGGGCGAUGUUUGUGGAGAAGUUGGUGCAAAACGGCGUACACAUCGAAGUUCAGAUCAUGGGUGAUCACUUCGGGAACGUCGUGCACCUCCACGAGCGCGACUGCACAGUGCAGCGCAGACAUCAGAAAGUGAUCGAAAUCGCUCCCGCGCCGUUCCUGUCCCCGGCGCUCCGCGAACGCAUUCUGUCCGACGCCGUGCGACUUGCUCGCUUUGUGAGCUACCAGAACGCAGGGACUGUCGAGUUCCUCGUCGAAGGCGACAGACAUUUCUUCAUCGAAGUGAACGCAAGGCUCCAAGUCGAGCACACGGUCUCUGAAGAGGUCACGGGCGUCGACCUUGUCAAGACGCAACUCGCUGUGAGGCAAGGCGCGUCGCUGCCGGCUCUCGGCCUGUCGCAGGAAAGCAUUCUCUCAGCUGUACAGACCGAUCCGCGCACCGGACGCAGAGGCCCUGUCGCCAUUCAGUGCAGAAUCACCACGGAAGACAGCCAGCGAAACUUCCAGCCUUCGACGGGUCGAAUCGACUUGUAUCAACCGUCCACGGGUCCUGGAAUCCGUUUGGACGGAGCCAUUGGAGCCUCAGGCGCAGUGGUGCAACCGUAUUACGACUCUCUGCUCGUGAAACUCGUCGCAAAGGCGCACGAUUUUCCAGAGGCUGUGGCGAGAGCGACGCGCGCGUUGAGAGAGACGAAGAUCCGCGGAGUCACGACAAACAUUCCCUUCAUUCUGAAUGUUCUGCAACACCCGGAAUUCUUGAACGGAACCGCGACGACGCGCUUCAUCGACGAGCACAACGAACUGCUGUUCUACGACCCCCUCGAUAUGUCUUCGCAAAACAUAUGCAAGUACCUGGCGACGGUGAUUGUGAACGGACCACUGACACCGCUGGUGAAUGCAGACGCCUGUCCAGACAAGACGGCCGCGAUUCCACCUCCGCUGCCUUCCUCUGUCGAAAGAGCUGCGAUUCCUGGAGGCGCCGGCAGUAUCGCAGGCGCCCCUGAGGACCUCGAUCUACGCAUCAUGAACGUCGCGUCCGAAGGCGCUCCCAGAGGCUACAAGACUCUGCUUGACGAGGUCGGUCCGGAGGGAUUUGCGCGAGUCAUUCGAACAGAGAAAAGACUUCUCCUCUGCGAUACGACUCUUCGCGACGCCCACCAGUCUCUUCUAGCUACGCGCAUGCGGACGAUCGACAUGCUGAAAGUGGCGCCUUCUUACGCUCACCUUCUUCCCACUCUCUUCUCCUUGGAAAACUGGGGCGGAGCGACGUUUGACGUAGCGUAUCGUUUUCUGCGCGAGUCUCCGUGGCGACGGCUGGAGCUCCUGCGCGAGGCAGUUCCGAACAUUCCCUUUCAAAUGCUUCUGCGAGGAACGAAUGCGGUGGGGUACACAGCCUGCCCGGACAACUCGGUCGAGGCAUUCUGUCGAGAAGCCGUCAAGUACGGGAUGGACAUCUUCCGCGUCUUCGACUCUCUUAACUUCGUGGAGAACUUGAAACUCGGAAUCGAUGCUGCCGGAGCCGCUGGAGGCGUCGUGGAAGCCGCCAUGGCCUACACGGGCAACGUCGCUGACCCUGACCGAAAACCUUACACUCUGGACUACUACCUCGAGCUCGCUUCUCAGCUUGUGGCCACCCACUGCCAUAUUCUUUGCGUCAAGGACAUGGCAGGCUUGUUGACGCCUCCAGCUGCAGACCUUCUCAUCAGCGCUCUGCGGCGCGAAUUCCCUCACAUCCCCAUCCACGUCCACACGCAUGACACUGGCGGAUGUGGCGUCGCUUCCAUGUUGGCAGCAGCCGAGGCCGGCGCAGACAUUGUUGACGUCGCUGUGGACUCUUUGUCGGGUCUGACGUCUCAACCGUGCAUGGGGUCUCUUGUUGCAUCUCUGCAACACACGCCUCUUGACACAGAAAUUGAUCUUAACGUCCUCUCUCAAUUCUCCGACUAUUUUCAGCAGGUUCGACGUUUCUACGCACCGUUCGAAGCAACUGCGACUGUGAAGAACGUGAGCUCGGAAGUUCAUGAACAUGAGAUCCCGGGAGGUCAGUACACAAAUCUCUACAUGCAGGCUUACUCGCUGGGAAUGGCCGACCGAUGGAGAGACAUCAAACGGGCCUACUGCGUCGCAAACCGACUCCUCGGUAACCCCCCAAAGGUGACUCCCAGUUCAAAGGUGGUGGGCGACUUUGCGCAGUUUCUGGUGCAGAACAAGCUGGACGCAGAGACAGUGCUCGCCAGGGCAGAGGAACUUUCCUUCCCUUCUUCGGUGGUCGAGUUCCUUCAGGGACGCAUUGGGCAUCCACCCUUCGGCUUUCCUGAGCCGCUGAGGUCGAAGGUUCUCAGGGGCAUGCAGACCGUGGAGGGUCGCCCUGGCGCAUCUCUCGCCCCCGUCAACUGGAUGGAGAUUCGCGAGAAACUGGAGAGCAAUCACGGUCGGAAGUUCCGCGACUGCGACUUGGUGAGCAGCGUCUUCUAUCCUGCGGUCUUUGACGAAUAUCAGCAAUUCCUGAAAAACUUCGGAGAUGUUUCGAUGCUGCCAACAGCCGCCUACUUCACGGGCCUUCAACCUGGCGAAUCGAUCACUGUCCACAUGGCUGGCCGUGAAGUUACUGUCAAGUACAUCGCGAAAACGCAUGUUCUGCCGGACGGCAGUCGCGACGUCUUCUUUGAAGUCAUGGGGCUUCCCCGCACAGUGAACGUGAUUGACACGAAUGCCAGCAAAGACAUUGUCCGGAACACGAAAGCGGAUGCGUCGGAUCCAAAGCAAAUCGCGUCGCCAAUGCCCGGAAAUGUUCUGAAGUAUAAAGUGAAGGAAGGGCAGACGGUUCGGAAAAACGAUCCUGUCGUUAUCAUCACCGCCAUGAAAAUGGAAACUGUCGUGGUUUCACCUGUCGCAGGCACAGUGGGAGACUUUCUUGUGCGCGAAGGAGACCCGGUUCAGCAGGGUGACUUGCUAGUCCGCAUUCUGUAG